AUGAUUUCCAUUGACAUUCCAGACAAAAAUAUGGAUAAUCCAUUACCAGAUAUCAUUGAACUAGUAGCUGUAGCACGUGCUCCAUUUAUUGAUUUUACUUCUCUGGCUUCAAUUUUUGAAGAACAUUAUGUGUGUGAAACACUUGAGGAUAUGGACUGCCCUUGUGAUAUUCAUAACCACAAUAUAUUUAUAAAAAGUGAAAAUAAAUUUUUGUUCGCAAAUACCUGUUUGGGAACACCCAAUGUGGCUCGUUUGAAGCUGUACAAUCCUGGGUUAAUACCCUGUGAAUUGAAUUCACAAACUCGGCAGACACCAUCACCCUCCGCAAAGGCUCUUGUGUCAUCCAGUUCAAAAUCUUCAGAACCAGCAUUUACUGUGAAGCCUACUAAACUUUGUAUAGCUCCAUACAGCACUGAGUUCUUGGAAGUUACAUUUCUACCUCCACAAAUUGGGAUCUUCAAUGGCAUCGUAGAGAUGAAUCUAGAAUCAUCUACUCAGAAGGAAUGUAAAUUUGUUUUGCAAUUGGCUGGUGAAGGUUGUGUGCCUAUUGUAACUAUUAUUGAGCCCCAGCAAUAUGCAUCUUCUGAAAGUAGUGAUUUAAUUUUUUUUCCCACACUCCUUGGCAAAAAAUCUACCCAGAAAUUAAAACUUAAAAAUACUGGAUCAAUUUCAUGUUAUGUGAGAUUAGAUUUAAAUGAAAUGGACAAAUCCAUGUUCGGAAUAAUCGGAAAUGAGAAAACACUACCUCUGAUAAUAAAUGAAAGCCCUGAAGUAACAUCGCUUCCUAGGAAUAUACCAAUUUGUUUGAUUCCAAUAGCGAGUGUACAAAGUUUCAUCUCUCUUGCUUAACAGG